AUGGAGUCACUGAUACAAAGAGCGAACAACACGAAUUAUCUGAGCGCGUCCGAGAAAAAGAGCCACUGGAGAUACGAUUGGUAUGCAGCAUCUCGUCCUGAGACCGUCAGCGGGGGUCAUGGAAACAGUAGUGGUGAGGGUGGAAGAUCGGAGACGGACAGUCAUAAGAACUCUUUUAAAUAUAAGACCUGGUUAAAGUCCGAGAUGCCCGCUUCGAACGCUUCCGCUGAAAUUGAGGAGGGAGAUCUUUUCGACCUGGCGAAUUACUCCCUGGACCGUGUCAACGGUACCAGCAGCGGUGCUCCUCGUGCCACCGGGGAGGGCGCCAGAAAUAAUAGCUUGACCGUGGAAGAUAUCAGAGGAGCGGUGGGAGGCGCCGAGUCAAUGAUAGCCUUGUCCAGCGCAGGAACGUCAGCACCAAAAGCAGGUGAGAAGGAUAAGGCCAGCAGUGUGCAGGAGAAACCAGAGGCGGCAGAACCCGCAAACGCAUCUGAAGAGACGGAAUUGCAGGACCAAAUUGCAGAUAAAGACGCCGAAGGUGAUGUUACCAUGCAGUGA